AAAAAUCAGCCGUCAUCUCCUACCUCAGCCUCUAUUACUCCGGCCGGCGAAAUUAGGGUUUUUGAAUCUGUAGCUGUUUGGUGAGAUAAGCAUAAAUGGGUCGUUUCAAAAACAAUAAGAAGAGUAGGGUCAUUGUGAAGCCUAUUCCGAAGAAAAAUCAAGAGGAUGUUAGUCAUGUCACUGGGGAUAAGAUUCCCAAGAGUUUUGUGUUUUCAAGAAUGAAACUUCCUGGCCCUGUUAAACAACUUCAGAUGGAUUUGAGGAAGCUCAUGCUUCCCUACACUGCUCUCAGUCUUAAGGAGAAGAAGCGGAACACUUUGAGGGACUUUUUGAAUGUAUCAGGUCCAAUGGGUGUUACACAUUUUCUUAUGCUUUCGAAAACAGCGUCUUCACUGUCUCUAAGAGUAGCAAGAACCCCGCAGGGCCCGACUCUUACAUUCAAAAUUCAUCAGUAUUCCCUAGCAUCAGAUAUAGCUCAGUCUCAGCUUCGACCUAGAUGUCCUCAAGAUCUUUUCAAGAGUCCUCCUUUGAUUGUUCUUUCUGGAUUCGGUUCUCAGGAGUUGCAUCUGAAACUAGCAACGAUUAUGUUUCAGAAUAUAUUCCCAGCUAUUGAUAUUAACACUGUCAAGCUCUCCACCUGCCAGAGAUUAGUACUCUUAAACUACAACAAAGACACAAAGCUCAUUGAUUUCCGGCAUUAUUCUAUAAGACUUCAGCCUGUUGGAGUAUCUCGUAGGAUCAGAAAGUUUGUGCAAAAUCAUCAGGUUCCCGAUCUUAGGAAUCUGCAGGAUGUUAGUGAUUUUGUCACCAAGGCUGGUUAUGGAUCAGAGAGCGAAGGAGAUGAAGAAGCGGCAACAGUGACACUAUCAUCUGAUCUAGGCCGAGUUAACAAAGGUUCCACCAAGAGCGCAGUGAAACUGCAAGAAAUUGGACCAAGAAUGACUAUGCAACUCGUUAAAGUGGAGGAAGGAUUGUGUACAGGAGGAAUCAUAUUCAGUGAAUAUGAAAAUGUGGAUGGAAAGAAAGAAAAGUUAAAGAAGAAACAGGAUGAAGAAGGUGCUGAAGAAGAAGAAGAAGAUAGUGAAGAAGAAGAUGAAGAGGGUAGUGAAGAAGAUGGGGAAGACAUGGAUGAAGAUUUUGAAGAUUGAAAAGAGUUAAAAAUAGAGUAACACUGUUUACACAUGAGCCUUGAGUGUUGUUCAUCAAAUUUUGUUCCUUGGAUCUCUGAGUAGCAUUGCUUCUAUUGUCUGAUUAAAAUAUGUGAGCACAA